UGAGGAUGAGCUUGACGUUAAUAGAGCUAUUCUAUCAUAAAUAUUAUUGAUUAUGUGGAAAGGUGGAUUCUAAACAAAGCAAAUGUAGAAUUACUUGUACCUACUUGCCUAGCCACUUCAUGCACCAAACGGCUGAUCGCGCGUUGUUUCGCGUAAACUUCAUAGAAUUUGACAACGUCAUUAUCGAUACCUCCAAUCCUCACUUUCAUGGCUUGGUAGCUUCUCCAUAAACACAACAACAAUCCACAAAGCUGCACCCUCUCGCAGCGCUUUGCACAUAAUGUCGAAGCAAUAUCUCACCUUGCACACUCUCGAAUCCGCCCACCCCUCCGAUAUCUAUGCUCUCGCACCUACCAAAUCAAGGCUUCUUUCUGCGUCUGGAUCCAGCAAGAUCCUUGUCCAUAAUACCACCGAACCCGACUUCCCUCUCGUACAGACUGUAGACGGUGCACAUCCACUGGGAAUACAUCACCUGGUGACUGCGAAGGAGGGAAAGCGCGCCGCGAGUGUUGGAUUCGAGGGUCGCAUACGAAUAUGGGACAUCAAUGAGGAUGGCACGCUGGAAAGUGCUGGUGACGUGACUGACAAUAACAAGCCGGGUGAUGCAUGGGCGAUAGCAAUCAGUGAUGACGGUGCCUACCUUGCAAGCACGAGUAUCACUGGGAAGAUCAACGUUUGGUCUCUUGGUGAGGAAGGCAAGCCCAAGAUCCGUGAAUACGAAACCAAAGGUAGCUUUGGACUUUGUAUAAGCCUUAGCUCCGAUGGCCGCUUCACUGCGUCUGGUCACGAGAACGGGAGCAUAUACAUCUUCAACAACGACAGCGGUCGCCUAGCACACUCUGUUGCAGGCCUCGUCCAUCCAAUUCGCUCCGUCGCGUUCAGCCCUGCCUCGAAACUCCUCGCUGCUGCUGGAGAUGCCAGAAUCAUCGCAUUAUACGAUGUCAAUUCCGGAGAGCAGGUCGCUAACCUCACAGGUCAUGGUGGCUGGGUUUUGUCUUUGGACUGGAGUGAUACUGGCGAGUAUCUAUUGUCUGGUUCCCAUGAUUCCAAGGCGAAGAUUUGGCGGAUAGAAACCCGCUCCUGUGUUGCAACUCAUUCCCACGGCGACAAACCGUUGUGGACUGUGAAGUGGUUACCGAAGGUAGCUGGAAGGAGUGAGAUGUUUGCUUUGGGCGGUGGGAAUCAAGCCAUCAGCCUCUACAGGGAAGCCGCUGGUUGAACAGAGCUUGUGAGCUACACGAGGACAAACACUGAGAGAUGCUCCAAUAGCAAGUUUUCCUGUCGAAGAAAUUCUUCCCGAGAGAGCAUGUCAUACAUGCUUCCAUCAUUAUAUGAACAUAAGGGAAUAUGAUAUACGAAAAAGCAUAGAGCGGGCUACAGCAUCACCUAAACGAGCAGGGUGAAGCAUACCACUAACAAGAGCGGUAAAUACCAAAUUAAUUC